AUGACCAAACUCACAUCUAUAUGGAAGCCUAGAUACUUUGAUAUCGGUCUCAAUGUAACCGACUCUAUGUUUUUGGGGAAGUAUUAUGGAUCAAGUUCACUCACUCCAAAGCAUGGUAGUCACAUACAACUGGUAACUGAAAGAGCAGUAUUAUUUAAUGUGAAGAAUAUGCUCAUUACAUCUUCAUCGAUAGAAGAUAGUAAGAAACAUCUUCUUUUAUGUGACGAUAAACAUUAUCAUACCACAGUAGGAGUCCAUCCUUGCUCGGUGGCUCAAGAAUUUUAUAUCCAAAAGGAAAUCCAACCUACUGAAGAAGAUGAAGAUCAAUGUCGUUAUACAGAUGAUUUAAUAUCAGGUUAUCAAUCCAAAUUAUCGGAACUUUCAGAAAUAGCACAUGAAGGGUAUUCAAAGGGAUAUAUAAAGGCAUAUGGUGAAAUUGGUUUAGAUUAUGAUCGAUUACAUUAUUCUUCUAAAGUUCAACAAAUUGCCAUGUUCAAAGCUCAAUUGAACCUUUUCGAUUCGUUAGGACUCGAUUUACCAUAUUUCUUACACAUGAGAGCUGCAUGUGACGAUUUCAUUGAUAUUAUUAAACCUUAUGUUGAAAAAGGUCUUCGUGGUGUUGUUCAUUCAUUCACCGGAACUGAAGAUGAAUUAAAUAAGCUCUUAUCGCUUGGAUUUAUGGUUGGUAUCAAUGGAUGUUCUCUUAGAACCGAUGAAAACAUUGAAGUAGCCUCUAAGAUCCCAAUAUCAAAACUUAUGAUUGAAACGGAUGCCCCAUAUUGUGAAAUUAGGAAAAAUAACCCAGCUGGUAAGAAAUAUCUUACUAAUUAUCCAAAUAAAUUCUAUCCACAAUUUGAUGAAAAGAUUCAACAAGAAUUAGAUGAACUUAAGCAGGCAGUGGAGACUUAUACUGCCCAGGAUACAAGACCUAAGAAACAAAGAAAUGGAGGAAUCACAUUUUCUACUCAUCUCCCCUUACCAAUAGUUAAAAGUAGUAAUGUUCAACCAUAUGAUGAAAUUGCACAAUCUUUAAUUAAAGACAAUUCCACUUCGAUCUUUAGAUCUCCAGAUGGACCAUUUUAUGCCCCGAUCAUUCUGUCAAGAAACGAACCUGUGUUUGUUGGUCAAAUCGCCCAGAUCAUGAGUUCUCUCCAUGGAUUGCAAGAAGAUAAGGAAAUCGAAGACUUUGUUGAUACGGUUUACAAAAACACGUGUGAUUUCUUCAAGAUUGAUCAAAUAGAAUAA